UUUCCCAAAUGUACGCCUUUAAUUUUUAUCUGGCAUACUUCUCUAUUAAAAACAUGUUUUGUCUAUUUUAGCCCAGCACAAAGCGGAUGCACUGCAAAUGCUAGUUGACUCCGGUCCUUCUAAUAACAGUGAUGGGAAAUCCAGGCAAAGAAUGUGUUGAUUUUGUAAAUACUGCUCUUCAAAUCUCAAGUGAUAAAAGAGUCAGCUAAUGACCUCCUGGGUCCCAGGCUUUCACUGGGCUCUUCUAAAAUACACAAAACCAAAGGAAAGGCAGGACACCAUUAGCACUACAUAAUUCAAGCAAACAAAUGUGUUUACACUGCCUAACUACUGACCACCUGCCUUCCCAUCGCACAAGACAGGUAUCUAUAUAUAGGAUCUGAUCUCCUGGUUCACAGUCCUGGGGGGAGAGAGCCUCUCCUUUGGGCUUCACCAUCUGUGAAUCUGAAGGAAGCUGGGCCCUGACAACAUGCCUCUCCUCUUACUUCAGCUGCUGGUGCUCUUGGCUCUGGGGAAGGCUGCAGGGCACCCGGGGGGCCUCCAGCGUCAGCGUUCUGUUUCCCUCGUGCUCCUGGAAAGGAAUCGCAGAGAGCUUCCCAUGGGCAACCCUGAGGAGGCUGAGGAGAAGCCAGACCUGUUUGUUGCGGUGCCGCACCUGAUAGGUGCCAGCCCUGCGGCCGAAGGCCAGGGGGACAGAGAGAAGAAGAUGCUCUUCAGGUUUGGCAGGCUCUGGAAGAAGCCUGAGAGAGAACUGCACCCAACCCAGGACCCCGUCAGUGAGCACUUCCCACCUGGGACCCAGACCCUCACUCAGUCGGAGGAUGGGAUGCAGAUAAAGAAGUCUCCGCUUCAGGAAGAAGCCAAGAAAUUCUGGCACCACUUCAUGUUCAGAAUGAGCCCGGCUUCUCAGGGGGUCAUCCUGCCUAUCAAAAGCCAUGAGGUGCACCAGGAGACCUGUAGGACAGUGCCUUUCAGCCAGUCGAUCACCCACGAAGACUGUGAGGAAGUAGUUGUACAGAACAACCUUUGCUUUGGGAAAUGUGGGCCUGCGAGUGUUUCUGGAGCUGCACAGCACCCCCACUUCUGCUUCCACUGCUCACCUGCCAAGUUCACCACAAUGCACUUGCAGCUGAACUGCUCAGACCUGGCCCGCGUGGUCAAGGUAGUGAUGCUGGUAGAGGAGUGCCAGUGCACGGUGAAGACGGAUCACCACGAGCAUGGACACCUCCUCCAGGCAGGCCCCCAGGCAGAAUUUCAUGCCCCUGAUCCCUUUAUCCCUGGAUUUUCAACUUAAAAACUAUCCCACUAUUACCUUGAAAAGCAAAACCACCAUAGUAAAGUUACUGAUUAUCCAGUCUAUAAAUGUUCAGUGGGUACAUAAUACUUUAAGGGAAAGGUGGUUUAAAAAGUAGUAAGAUAGAAUAAUUGAGAGGAAACGGUAUUCAUCUAGUUAGCAGUACACAUUUGGUAUCUAGUUUUGACUCUGCUGCUUGCUGGCCAUCGAAUAGUAUCAAGUUGCAGAAGUUUUCUCCACUGCAAGCUGUUCAUCUGUAAAUGAAGGACUUUUUAAAAUAUUAAAAAUAUUAAAAUAUUUUAAUAUUUUAACUAGAUGAUUGCUGAAGUCCUUUCCACUGCUAAUAUUCCAUGACCCAUUGUCUCCAAGUUUGGAGAAAAGCUGUCCAUCCGAAGGAGGAAAAGAAAUCAGCUAGACCAUAAAAAUGGGCUUCUUUAGUGACUUGUCAAAGCACCAGCAAAUAUAUAUACAUUAAAUUGGUAGAAGGAUUCCUUAUAUUUAUAGCUGCUUUUGCAUCUCAGGCAGUGUUUUAUUUGAGUUCUAUCAGAUGAUUAAGUAGUUCUAUAGAUGUAAGUAGUAACUUGUUUGAUUGCCUCUUUUUUUUUGAUACUCCCCGUAUAAAGUUCUCUGGCUUUGAAGAGGAUCAUUGAUGUUAGUUUUAAGGCUUUACAUGAGAUAUGAAGCAAUCAUUGGUAGCCAAACAAGUGCCUAUAUUAUGGGAAAGAAAAAAUAGGUCAAUCCAGGGGUAAAGGUCAAUCCAGAAAUGCUAAUGAAAGCGGCCAAAGAAUUCCAGUAGACAUCAAAUUAAAUAAACAGCAAAUGUUUUUAAAUUGAAACAAUUUACUAGUGAAAUCCU